AUGGUUGAUUCCUGGAUUGUUGGUGAUGACUCAGAACUGAGCACCAAAUCCAUAUUGAAGUGGUCUUUGGUGUUUGAGUUAGAAUCAACUUCGGGACUGGGCUACAAGAUUGGAAUCAUAAGCCAGGACUGGUUCAUCUCUGCAGCUUGUGGUGGUGCAAUCUUUGAUUGCUCAGAGGCUAACCUGAAGACAUUGGCAGCAAGGCGAAAACAAUUUAUUGAGAAGAUUGGUUGGCGGAUGAAUAAAAAAGGGAACUUAUAUUUUAGCUUGUGGGAUGUUGAGAUUCUCUAUGUGAAUUAUUGUGGGAAGUUUGACAUCAAUAAGGUAUUUCUGAAUCCACUCUUGAAGGUGGUGAUAUCCUGCAUUGUCCGAGGACCUGGUUCAAUAUUUUCAACAAAAGAAAGGACACCUUAUGAUGGAGCACAAAGCACUGAGACAUUGGAUGUUAAAUGGGGCCUCCAACAUACAACUCCAGGAAUGAUAGCAUCUGCUGCUGUUUUGUAUCUUCAAAGUGGCUUAAUAAAGACAAAAGCCAGCGUGCUCACAAUUUUCUAUGAUGAAGACUGGUCUGAAGAAAUGCAGGAAGUAAUGGGUGCUUUAAACAAAGACACUGAAGAGCUGCCUCUGGAUAAUGAAGAGCGAGAUGACAGAGGUCCUGGUGAUGAUGGGAUUAAUGGGGAAGAUGUACCAGGUUGGCAAUAUGGUGACAAUAAUAUCGAGUUUGGUCUAGGAGGGAGCCAAAAGGAGGGGAAAGUCUGA